AUGUCGAACCAUCAAUCAUUUUCAGGGGUUUUCAAGUAUGAUAUUGAAGAAGGCCAAAUGUCCGUAGACUACUAUAUCAUUAAUGAACCAGAAACCGUUGCACAUGGAAUUACCUUAAGGUUGGCAAUGGCAGGCUUUUUCUACCAAACAGAGGAUGAUGCAAUUGAGACUCAAAACAGGUUAAAAGGAGAGAUUAAUAUAGCGCACACGGCCAAGAAGCUGGGCCCGUUACUUAACGUGCGUCCUAAAUCUCUAAGAGACUCUUCAAGGAGAUCAUUUGAUACAAUGACUGAAGAAGCUGAUAAGGAAAACGUCCAUGAAAUCCAGGAAAAAAUGUAUGGCAACACAUAUUGUCGCGUAAUUUCCGAUUCUGCAAAAUGUUAUCCUAGUUUGUCAGUGCAGCUCCCAUNCACAGUGUUUGUCAAAUUGUACUACUACUCUAGUCGGUUAUGGAGACAGAAUGAUUUGACAUGUUUUAGUAUUCCUGAUAGAAAAAGUUACUAUGAUAUGUUCUUCAAUGAAGUUGUAAUUAAUGAAGAAAUCGCAAAAUCACAGUUUGCUUCGAAUUUUCCAAAGCUUUUUGCUUCAGGGUAUUGGAAUGGGCUUACUGACCAUCCAAUGCAUAUAUUUGAAUAUUUAGGAGCAGAAAUACCAAGGGAAAAGUGGGACGAGGAAAAGAUUUAUAAACUUAUUAGAUUAAGGCUCAAGGAACUCCAUCUGUUGAGAAUCUCGCAUAAUGAUAUACGGAGGAGCAACAUUCAUGUUUCAGAAUCAGGUAAAAUUACCUUAAUUGACUUUGGAUUAUCGAAGUUCCCAUGCAGCGAAGCAAGCAAACAGGAUGACCUUGAGUCACUUGAUAGCAUAUUUGGGGUGAAUAGGUCUACUAGUAAAAAGGAAGAUGCUGAAAGUGCUCAAAGUGCUGAAAUGCAAGUUGCAGUUAAUGAUAAAACUGAUACUGAUCAUAAUGAUGAAGAGGAUGCAAAUACUUCCUCUGAGGUUAAGCUUGCUGAAAUGAGUUUCGAGUCGCACGAUACGAAAACUACAACUACAACGAAGUAG